AUAAUGUACACAUUCUCAAAUGAAUGAAUCAAUCAAUACAAUCUCUCUCUCUCUCUCUUUCUCCCUAUAUUUUCUCUCUCUCUCUCUCAAUUCUAUAUAUAAUUUAGUUUUGAAAUUAUGGGAAGGAAGCAAGUAAUAGAGAUACUGUUGUUUGUAGUAAUGUUGCUGAACUGUGUUCUCUUAGUACACAAUCUUGCCAUUAGUGAGGCUCCAACACCACAGCCACAGACUAGUUCCAAUUAUUCCAAUCCCAUGCAUGGAGUUACUGAAGGCAGCCUUCAACCUCAAGAAUGUGGGGCUAGAUGCACAGGGAGAUGUUCAAAGACAGCAUUCAAGAAGCCAUGCAUGUUCUUUUGUCAAAAGUGCUGUGCCAAAUGCUUGUGUGUUCCUUAUGGGACUUAUGGCAACAAACAAACUUGUCCUUGCUACAAUCAAUGGAAGACUAAGAGAGGAGGCCCCAAAUGCCCUUAAUUACUUUCAUUUCCCAACUCCCUACAAAAAAAAAAACCAUCAUUAAGUUACUUUCUAAUCUCAUUUUCUGAACGUCCCUAUUUUUUCGUUAUACUUCUAAAAAGUGAUGGUUUUGACCUUUCAUGGAGGGUGACUUCUUAAAAGUAUAUAUUAUAUGGAAGGGUUAUUGUUGUUGUCUACA